AUGCUGCCACCCCCGUCCGUCCUGAUCAACCCCCCCGGUCUCUCGUCCCUCGUCCCUUGUCGUGUGUUUCCAUCAAUCAAUCAAUCUCCCAUCCUUCGCUGCCUCGUCCAUCCACAUUCCUUCUUGCGUCCCCUUCCAUUCCUUUACACCACCCUCGCUUUUUCCUCUCUUCCCUUCCCUUCCCUUUUACUCCUCACGCUCGCUCUCCUCUUGUCGCCCCCACCUCUCUCCCGACCUCGUCUCUUCGACAGUCGAAUUUCGACAUCCCCUCGCCUCCGUCAAGAAUUCAUCCGGCGACGUCGAACCUCCUCUCCGAUUCUCAACCUGCGCCUCCUCACGCCGUGA